AGCCCACGUGGGAGGCGGGGAGGGGCCCGCUGUGGUUCCGCUCCCUGGUUCUGGAUAGUCUUUUCGAUUGAGUCCGGACCAUUGGUCCCCUUCUCCGUACUGGGGAGCCGAGAGCGGGCACCGGCGGGAGUGAGCGCUCCUGAUGACGCUGCAGGGGCAAUGGCCAUGGCACUACUCUGGGCCGUCGGGGUCUCGAGUUGGGGUUGCUCGGGUCGCCACCUCGCGCGUCAUUUCUCCCGAGCGGCGGGGCGUGAGGAGCGGCCAGGCGGGGAGGAGCUGAGACGCCUGCUGUUGGAUGACCUGGCGCCGACCCCGCGCUCUGAGCGGGGACUGGAACUUCUGUUUGGCCUGUCCCCUUGUCUGCUGGCCCUGCGGGCCGCCCGUCGCCGCGUGGCCAGGCUCCUGCUCCAGGCCGGCAGGUCCGGGUUGCAGGGAGAGCGGGCCGAGCUGCUCCGGGUGGCAGAGGCGCGGGACAUCCCAGUUCUGCGACUCAGACGGCAGAAGCUGGACGCCGUGUGCCGCUCCCAGGUCCAUCAGGGCGUCUGCAUGGAGGUCAGCCCGCUGAAGCCUCGGCCUUGGACGGAGGUCGGGGAGGCGAGGCCAGGCGACGACCCCCAGCAGCUGUGGCUCGUCCUCGAGAGGCUCCAGGAUCCCCGCAAUCUUGGGUCCGUGCUGCGUUCUGCUCACUUCCUCGGAGUGGAUAAAGUCAUCACCACCGGGAGAAACAGCUGCCCGCUCACUCCAGUAGUCAGCAAAGCCAGCGCCGGGGCUAUGGAGGUGAUGGACGUGUUCUCCACUGAUGACCUAGCCGGUUUUCUACAGGCCAAAUCCCGGCAGGGCUGGCUUGUGGCUGGCACAGUGAGCUGCCCAGGGCCUGAGAUUUCCCUGUCCUCUGAUAUCCCCAUCACUAGCUGCUUGGAGUUCCUCUGGGAGCGGCCUACUCUCCUAGUGCUGGGGAACGAGGGCUCUGGCCUGUCCCUGGCAGUUCAAGCCUCCUGCCAGCUUCUCCUUACCAUCCUGCCCGGCCGCCAGCUGCCUCCUGGACUUGAGUCCUUGAAUGUCUCUGUGGCUGCAGGAAUUCUUCUUCACUCCAUUUGCAGCCAGAGGAAAGGUUCCCCUGGGGAAGGGAAGAGAGAGCACCUUCUCCAAGACCCCCGAGAACCCUCCACCACAUCAGAAGGGCCUGGACUGGCGCAGCACCCAGGACUGUCCUCAGGAUCAGAACAAGAGAAGCAGAAUGGGAGCUGACUUGGACUGAGUUGUGUGUGCUUGAGGGCACACAUACUCUCACCCUCAAAUGUGCUGGUCUCUUACCCGAGUGUGCACCCAGGUCCCUGUUUACUAACCACUGUCUUGGGGGGCAGGGAGCUCUGCAGAAGAGACCAGAGGAAGGUUGUUUCCUGAUUUGAUUUUGGCCUUGUGGUUGGAGGUGGAGGCUUGUUCAUCUCCAGGAUGUCCUGGGCCCUGCCUGGAUGUCAAGACAUCAGAAGGGAAUUGGGCAGGCCAGUCCAGGUGUCCUGUUCCUCUUGAACCAGUGUGAGAAUGUAGAGAGAGGCCCGGGUUUCUCUUGUGGAUAAGACAGGUAUAAAUCCAGGCUCAAACCCUGCCCCAGUGGGGGCUUCCUCCUUUUGCGCCUGCCUUGCCAGGGGUCUUUGUGAGGAUCAAAUAAAAUCACCUGGGCCGCUGUGUCCUAUUCCUUCA